CCGUCGGCCAAUCGUCGCCUGCCUGGACAGACGCUUCAGGCACGAUCACGUUUCUGACGGUAUGAAGCAGGAGUUGGCGGGUGUUGGCGGCUCUUCCUAAAAGGAGAUGCAGUAGCAGGAAGUCAGUGAGUGAGACGGAGUAUCGACCGCUUCGGUUUCUUUCUCCUCCACCUUCUUUCUGCUUCAUUCAGUGGCGAGGGAGCCUUUUGAGGUGCGACUUCUGUUCCUUCUAAAGAGCCAUUUGACUGACCUGAAUCCCUUGAAAAAGGGUUGGCAUAACUGUGACCAUCUUCUGCAUUUGUGUGCUUCAGAAAUAUUUGCAGAGAACAUCGCUGGGAGGGGGGUCCAGAUAUUUCUCUUAUAUUUUAUAGUUCUGGAGGUAUCCGGAUCCUAAUGGCUGAGGAUUAUCGUUACAAGAGGAAGAGACAAAGUUUAAGUGCAUGUGGGAUAUUCUGGACCCAGGUACUUCAUGCUUUUUGAUGCUAACUGAGAGGGACUGUGAUGUACAUUUAUGCCAACCUUUCUUUUUAAAAUAUAAGAUAGAGUUGCAUUUAAAACAGUGGUUGCUGAACUGGUACACUAGUUUCGGUUAUACUUAAGCUCUCACCAGAUGGGGAAGAGAGUCUUUUUGUCCAAAGAUUCUUAAAAGGUUUGUGAACUCAGAUUUGAAGUUUUAAAAUGAUGAAUGCUGAUAACAAAGAUGCCUUGAAAAAUACCAGGACUGUACAGCAGCUUAUGCUAUGUACAGAUGUUUUAUUCUGUCACUGAGGAGCUGAAUUCUGAACUCUGAAAAACAAUUAGAGCUCAUUGAAAAUAUUUUAUAAGAGUCAUUGACCUUAAAAUUGUUCACUCAAAAUGAGUGACUAUUUGGAAAUGGCAAAUGCAGAAAACAUGGAUAUUCAGAUGAAGAAUGAACAAAAUCUGGAUGCUCUUCAGGAAGAUAUUGAGAUGAAUGGUGAAUCAAGUGCAAAUGAUACCAGUGAAAAUUACUCCAGCGGGCAUCAUUCACAUAUCAACGAAGGUGAAAAAAAUGGAAAAGAAGCAGUUAUGAUUAUGGAAUCUUUAGACUGCUAUAAAAGCAGUGAACCAUCUUGUAAAUCUAAAACCCAGAAGGAACUAAUAAAAACAUUGCAGGAAUUAAAAAGGCAUCUUCCUCCUAAUAAAAGGAUCAGAGGCAAACCUAGUAUCCUCGCAAAUCUGAAGUAUGCACUUGGGAGCAUUAAGCAAGUUAAAGCUAAUGACUAUCCUUGUGGUCUUGAUGUAUUGUCCUAUACUGUGGAAGAUAUUGAAAACAUUACUACAGAAUAUAUCAUGAAAAAUGCUGAUAUGUUUGCUGUAGCUGUUUCUUUGGCUACUGGGAAACUUCUGUACAUCUCUGAUCAGGCUGCCUCUAUUCUCCACUGUAAGAAAGAUGUAUUUAAAAAUGCCAAAUUUGUGGAGUUUCUGGCACCUCAGGAUAUCAGUGUGUUCUAUAGCUCUACUACUCCAUACAGAUUGCCAUCUUGGAGUAUUUGCAAUGGAGUUGAGUCUACCACCCAGGAGUGCAUGGAGGAAAAGUAUUUUUUCUGCCGCAUCAGUGCAGGGAAAGAGCAUACAAAUGAGAUUUGCUACCACCCAUUUUGUAUGACUCCAUACCUUAUCAAGGUACAAGAUGAAGGCAAUGAGCUUUGUUGUGUGUUGCUGGCAGAAAAGGUGCACUCUGGCUAUGAAGCGCCCAGAAUUCCUUCUAAUAAAAGAAUCUUCACAACCACACACACACCAAGUUGUUUGUUCCAAGAUGUAGAUGAAAGAGCGGUGCCUUUGUUGGGAUACUUACCUCAGGACUUAAUUGGAACUCCUGUCUUAGCACAUCUUCAUCCAAGUGAUAGACCUUUAAUGCUAGCAAUUCACAAAAAAAUACUUCGGUGCGGUGGACAGCCAUUUGAUUAUUCACCAAUCAGGUUCUGCACCAGAAAUGGUGAAUAUGUAACUCUGGAUACUAGCUGGUCCAGUUUCAUCAAUCCCUGGAGUCGAAAGAUUUCUUUUAUAAUUGGAAGACACAAAGUUAGAACUGGCCCCUUGAAUGAAGAUGUGUUUAAACCUCACUGCUCAGAAGAUAAAAUCCUUCACCCUAACAUUCAAGAAAUUACAGAGCAAAUACAUCGAUUAUUAUCACAGCCUGUACAUAACAGUGGCUCUAGUGGCUAUGGAAGCUUGGGAAGCAAUGGAUCACAUGAAUACCUAAUGAGUGUGGCUUCAUCCAGUGACAGCAAUGGGAACAAUAAUGAAGAUACCCAGAGGAUACCCAAGCCUAACUCUUCUCAAGAUAUUUGUAAAGAUGGAUGUGAGGCCAAAAAUAAAGGAGAGCAUGUCUUGGUUGAUUCCAGAUCAAAACGUGAAAAUCAGAAAAAAUAUGAAGAGAAACCCAGUGACCGUUGCGGUCAUGUGAAAGGUGCUGCUCAGUCAGUAAAAAAUGAUACUGUUGGAAUGGCUUGUCAAAGAAGCCUGGCUGUAGAAGAACUGGCUUGGGGAGAUCAGCCUGUAUAUUCAUAUCAGCAAAUCAGCUGUUUAGAUAGCGUUAUCAGGUAUUUGGAAAGUUGCGAUGCAGCUGAUACAGUGAAGAAAAAAUCACAUCCUACAUCAAAUGCUGUUUCGCUUAAUUCUGAUGUGCAUAGAGGGAAAGGACAUGACACAAAAACAUCCACAGAAGAAAGUGUGCUAUCAAAACCUCACAUAGGCCCUGCAGCGUUGGAGAUACCUGAGAAAUCAAAUGCUUCUGCUGUCUUUGGUGCUCAUUUAACUUCUUUAACUUUGCCUGGCAAACCAGAAAGUGUUGUGUCGUUUACCAGUCAGUGCAGCUACAGCAGCACCAUAGUUCAUGUUGGAGACAAAAAAACACAGCCUGAAUUAGAAAUAAUAGAAGAUAGUCCCAGUGGAACAGAACCCAUAGAGAAUCAUCUUAUUGCUCCUCAAUUUAGCACUACUCAAAAGAACCAAGAAAAAGAGGCAUUUAAGCAUUUGGGGCUUACAAAGGAAGUCCUUGCAGUGCAUACCCAAAAAGAAGAGCAGAGCUUUCUGACCAAAUGUAAAGAAAUCAAAAGGUUCCAUAUUUUUCAAUAUAAUUGCAAUUACUACUUCCAAGAAAGACCCAAAGGACAUCCUGGUGACCAUGGUAUUCAUGGACUACGACAUGGCUCUGGAGUACAUCAGUUUUGGAAGAAAAAUGGGAAGAACAGGAAAUCUAAGUCAAAACGACAUAAGCCACACCACUCUUCAGACAGCACAACUUCUGGUACCAAACCUCCGCACAGAUUUCCUCUGCUUGGCCCAAAUAGCACAGCCUGGUCUCCAUCAGACACUUCACAAGCAGGUUGCCCAGACUUGCCUUUUUCUACAGUUAUGCCUGCAUAUCCACUUCCAGUUUUUUCACCUGCAGAGGCUGUGCCAUCAGGUCCUGUAGCUUCUCUUUCUGGUUUUAAUGAAUCACAGGACUCUCAUUUACCAUUAUCUCAGUUUCCCACACAGCUAGUGACUCCAGUCGUUGCGUUUGUACUCCCCAAUUAUGUGUGUCCUCAGGUGAACAUUAGUUACGCUCAAACACUUUUUCCUGAACCGUCUAACUUUUCUGUUCAGCCUUCUUUCUCUUCACAAGCGCUGCUUACAACUCAGCCUCCAUUCUCUGGUUCAAAUGCAUUCUCUCCACAGACGUUAUUUCCAGCACAACCAUUCCACUAUAAUCCAUUGACAGAGAGUGAAAACAUCCCUGUUGUAGAAUUCCGACAUGAACCAUCCCGUUCCUGCACUCCACAGUCUCUUGGCCCACAAGACCAAGCCUCACCACCAUUAUUCCAGUCACGGUGCAGUUCUCCUCUACAGCUGAACCUUCUGCAAUUAGAAGAAAUGCCAAAAAUGACUGAAAGUGGAGCUGCUGGUGCACCAGGGAGCCAUGGAACUUUAACUGAUGGGACCACUAGCAAACCCAUGAGUUCAGAUGACUGCAACAGAAAAGUAUCCUCCCUUGCUGGAUCUCCAAUGGAAGUUCAAAAUAGCGAUGCUUUCUCUGUGUCUAGUGAUUUACUUGAUAUUUUACUUCAAGAAGAUGCAAGUUCAGGCACUGGAUCUGCUUUGUCAGGAAGCAGUGUUUCAGUAGCUGCUGAUUCCUUAGGAUCUGGUUCAAAUGGAUUUGGCAUGUCAGGCAGUAGAACAGGAAGUAGCGAAACAAGUCAUACCAGCAAAUAUUUUGGGAGUAUUGAUUCCUCAGAAAACAAUCAUAAAACAAAGGGCUCAGAAUUGGAAGAAAGUGAGCAGUUCAUUAGAUAUGUCCUCGAGGAUCCCAUGUGGCUGCUAAUGGCAAAUACAAAUGAUGCUGUUAUGAUGACUUACCAGAUACCCUCCCGGGACCUGGAAACUGUUCUAGAAGAGGACAAACUAAAACUGAAACAAAUGCAGAAGUUCCAGCCAAAGUUUACUGAGGAGCAAAAAAGAGAGCUGCUUGAAGUACAUCCGUGGAUUCAAAAGGGUGGACCUCCUGGGGCUGUUACUAAUUUGGAGUGUAUUUAUUGUGAAGAAAAUGUUAAAAGCAGAUUAAAAGCACAAGAUGAAGAAGAAAUCCAUGAAAUGUAACUUAAUGAAAUAAAUGAGGCCAGUGGAAAUAAUAGUUUGGCUAACCUGAACCAAGUCAACAGUGAAAACGUUUAAUCCAUGAAGAUCCCUUUUGAACACAUCUGCUUUAACUGUUGCAGUUCCCCAUUAGAUCUUCAAGGUUUUUAAGUUUGUUUCUUGUGAAAUGAAUCUAAUUUUAUAUAAAACAAAUGGAUUUUUUUUGUUCUAGAAAAAGGUCAUUUGUGAUUAAUCUUUUUGUAUGGCGCAUUCCUUUCCUUCUCUGCCAGUCAUUGCUGAAGAAGUACAAUAUUGGUUCUUUAAAACUACAGAGCAUAUAAUCAGAGCCUCAUGGGAUACAGUAAGGAAUGUUGCAAAAAGUCUCCAUUUUUUCAGUAACACAUACUUUACAAAUUUAUGGCAUAUUGUCUAGUUUUUGAAUAUCUUUCAUGAAUUCCAGAUUAGUGGAUAAGAUCCUCACUAUUUCACAUACCUAUCUUCAAACAGUCACAUCUAUAUUCUGAUAUUUACUGGUAUUAAAAAGCAAUUAAAAUAGUUUCACCUUUCUGCAAUAUCCAGUCAUCUGUUCAGCUUCUAAAAAAAGGGUUGUAUGUAUGAAAAAUCCUGACAGCUUCCCCCUACACCAAUAACUAACCAUCCAAUCAUGAUUAUAUUUUUCAGUGAUCUGUGGUUCUAAAUUAUAAUAAACUAUUACUGAAAUUUG